AUGAUCGCGCAGAGACCCUCAUUCCGCUUCAUAGCCACUACCGCCGUGGUAUCCUUCUUCAUCCUCUCAUUCUUUAUCCUCUCAUUCCAUCAAUCCACAGACUCUGCCCGAUAUUUCUUAAAGACAUCCCAUCCUAACUCACAACACUGCCCACCAGCAGAAGCUUCGACUCCUAGCAACGGUUCGUGGGAUUUUGUUGUUGGGCGUGAUGGACAAAAUCAUGGUCUUUCAGAGGAGCAAUGUCAAAUUGCAUUUCCGAGACUUUUCAUUGAGAUUGACAAGUCUGCUCAGUUGAAUCAAGAAACCUUGAUUUCCUACAAAGAUCUUGAUUCGCGAAAUGUCGAGGAUGGCAUGGUGCGGGGAAUUAUCGACCAGGGCGAGUUAUAUGUUGUCGAUUAUGCCGCAAUGCCCGUUACAGGAACCCGAGCUCGUUCUACAUUAAAUUCACUGCACCGUGCCCUAAAAGCAUACCCGGACCGCCGCCUCCUUCCUAGCAUCGAAUUUACCUUCACAACAGAAGAUUUUGCCGAGGACCCAACAGGGACAGGGCCAAUUUGGGCAUAUUCCAAACGAGAGGGAGAUGACUCGGUCUGGUUGAUGCCAGACUUUGGUUACUGGGCUUGGCCCGAAGUGCAAAUUGGUCCAUACCACGAAGUCCGACGGCGCAUUGCCGCAAUCGACGAUGGCGAAACUCUACCGGAUGGUACCGUUCUCCCAGGGCUAGCAUUUCAAGACAAGAAAAAGCAGCUUGUCUGGCGCGGCAGCCUCGCAACAAACCCCGCCAUUCGCAGUAAGCUGCUCAAAACCGCCCUAAGCCGGAGUUGGGGGAGCGUCCGCGUUAUCGACUGGGACGACGAUAAUGACAUCCGAUACAAUCUGCUUCCGAUGGAAGAUCACUGUCGCUAUAUGUUUGUCGCACACACCGAGGGCCGCAGCUUCUCCGGUCGGGGAAAGUAUCUUCUCAACUGUCGCUCGGUGAUGAUCUCGCACCCUCUCGUGUGGCGUGAAGCCCACCACGGCGCGCUCAUUUCAUCUGGUGCCGAUGCAAACUACCUUGAAGUCGAUCAAAAUUUUGGGGAUCUACCUUCUAAGAUUGAUUACUUGAUUGAUAACCCACAAGUAGCGGAGCGAAUCGCUGACAAUGCGGUACGGACGUUCCGAGAUCGCUAUCUGACUCCUGCUGCUGAAUCAUGUUACUGGCGGCAUUUGGUCCGACAAUAUGCAUCAGUAUCUGAUUUUGAGCCUGCUUUAUUCUCCACAGAUAGGGAUGGGAAGAAGUCCCCCCGCGGUGUUCCGUUUGAGACGUGGCUGCUCACGCACUGA